UGGACAUCAGUCAUAUGUGACCACGGCCGUCCCCAGUCGUAUCCUUGAGGAAUGGUAUACUUGACCGUGGGUCAAGAUGAAGUACUGGACACAACUUCUUUUCCUGUCAGUCGUCGUGACCACCUACAGCGACAUCUCCGCACAAAAUGUCACCACAGAGGGGACAGAGACGGUGUCAACUGUUUCGAUACAUAGAGAAGUUCGCCCAGUGUCUUUUGGCCUUCCCGCUUCUCAAAGCGCUGGAAUUCAAACAGCAUCUACAACUUCUUUGACACCAACAACAACGACGACAGCUAGACAAUGUCCACCGGGUGAGAGAUGGAACAGACCCAGGACAGUCAGCUUCCUGGAGUGUCUGUGUGAGGUGGGAGGCGCGGACCAUCAGCCAUGUAUCCUCAGACUCAGCAACGUCCUGGGAGCCUUUUCCGGAAUGGUCAUACCGGCCAUUCUUCCUCGACUGACCGGCACCGACGUCGGCUUCCUCUAUCUCUGGACAUUUGAGGGCUUUCAGUGCAACCCCUUCAUGGGGAUGGGUGGUUUGAGCAUUGCGUGUUACCAUGACGUCGGAAAUUCCCCUUUCUCCAGAGACUGUCGUUUCAGCAGGUCCCGUUAUUUCUGUGAGUUGCUGAUUUGCAUCGACACCGUCCUCGGCGACACAAGGAGUGCCCCGCAAGACUUCCUCAACUGUGUACGGAGGAUAGCCGUACCUAUCAACAACACGCCAGUCAACUCAUGGCCGCCACCCCGAACACCCCACCCACCUAUCAUCAUCACCCAACGACACACAACCACCACAGAAGAACCUGCUGUGACGUCAUCAUUGCGUCAUGAUGACUCCGACCACGCCAACAACGUUGAUUACGACCACGAUGAACACGGAUCACUGGGCGAUGAGCACUACAAGUAUGAUAUUAUUCGAAUUGUUGGCGGCGUGUUUGGCGGCGUCAUGACCGGCAUAUUCAUCACCGCUGUCAUCUUCAUCGUCUGCUGGUUUUCGAAACGGAGGAGAGCAAAUUCUACAUCCUCUUCACCUCGGCCCAGGAUGUCAGUCCGUAAACAAGAGUCUGCCAUUUAUGCUGAAGUGGAUGAUAAUGGUUCGGACACCGGCCUCUGCAAUGCUGGCUAUCUUGCUCGCCAUGCUCCUGAUAUCAUCAGCGUUGUUGGCAACAAGUCCGCAGCCGACGACGCCUCCUACAAUACCCUUAAUAACAUCAACAUCUCCCCGGGGGCACGAGGAUACCUGGGGCGCCCCCUGUCGGUAGACAGUCAACAGUACUCGACUAUAACGGACCAAGACACGUUGUCCAAGCGGUCGUCUCGAAGCAGCGUCUACAACAAGCUUAGAGAGGAUGGGAAGAGCACCGCCAGCGAGCACGUGUACCACCGAGCACAGUUCCCUCCCUAUGAGGAGUACCAACCUGCGGCGGAGGAGUAUGACUGUGGCGCCAAGAAGCACAACAACUGUGAUGGUCCCCAGAAAACCAUCAUGAAGAAACAACCUUCUACCAGCUCUAUAAAGAAGAGGGUGUACUUCACCCUGGAACCGAUGGAGUUCUCGGGAAAGGCGAUCGACAAGAUGUAAAGGCUCUUUGAAGCAUCACUGACACAACGUUAUUGAAUGCUAAGCCCUAGGCAGGAAUUGUCAACAGAGUCUUCAAUGUUUGUGGGAAAGGCUUACCGAAUCAUUUGAAAAAAUACAUUUGGAAAGACGACUUAUACUCACUUACCUUUCGUUUUAACGCCCCUUUGAUAAUGUAGUUACACGGGAAUCCCUCCAUACACCAGACACGCUUUUCUGUUUUUCGAACUCCGUGUACAUGUAGUCAAUAAUGUGCCCAAUUGUUCGUUCAAUGUUUGAACACUUCGAUAUUCGCGUAAUCAGAUGAUUGAUUUUUCCCUUCAGAAUUUGAAUCACCAAAUGUGAUAGGUUUGGGGUCCCGCGAAGGCCCCUGUAUCACAAGCCAACAAAGGCUCAGUUGUCAAAGUCGAUAUACAGAGAAAAGGCCCAGAGGACCCAUCGUGCUUUGGUUCAAUUUCUGGAUUAUCGUUCUUGGUUUGUUAACACCAUAUCGGUGUAUGUGGGUUUCUUCAAAGGUGUUGACGUUAUCUUUGCUGUCCCCUCUCAAUGAUGUAAGCAUCGUAAUUCUAUUGAAACUCGUUUAAAGUGCGCGGUAAACCUCACGCCAUGGAAAGCGUGCUUUUGUCACCUGAACAUCUACAUUGUUAUGCGUCGUGUUUCAGUCACUGGUUUCCGACAGGAUGAUAAAAUCACAUGCCCAGCAACGUGUUGGCGAAAUGGUAUACACAAUAAUAUAACAUACAACACACUAUAUACGCGACUACACGAAACAUACCCACCAAGAUAGCCUGCCUUUUUAGACUACUUUUCUGUUUGAUUGUUACAGUUCAUUCAGAUGAUCUUUACAAUUGGGUAAUGGAUGAUGUUUUACUAUUUCAUUUUUAUGUCUGUUCACUUCUAAUCUGGCUGUGCAAUAUAUACAUCCAUUGCUUCUGUUCUGCGGGCAUAUGUGCAAUGAAUACUGAAUUGUGAAUUAAACAU